AUGGCCGCCAAUAUUACUCGUUGUUAUUGUAGCUUUUCAAUCUUUAUACCCGUCUUACAACAAUUUCUGGAAGGUAAUGGUCUUCGAUUCGAUGCUAAUAACAUAAUAUGCCGCAUAUACAGUGCGCUACCACUUUACUUUGGCUAUGCCAACCUGAAUUCUAUGACUUUGCUUGCUGGUGUGCGCUAUAUCAUCAUUGUCAAACCCCAGCAAUCUUCAAGAUUAAACGAUAAAUCCUCCAUCGCCAUUAUUUGCAUCAUUAAUUGGAUUCUACCUAUUGCUUUUAUUAUUCCUCAAAUUUUUGGCGUUUGGGGUCGAUUUCUUUUCUUAGCUGAUAUUGGCUUAUGUGUAACUUAUGCUAGUUAUACGCAAGGAACAAGUCAAAUCUCCCAUUUUAUUAUCGUUUCUAUUUUUCAAUUUUUCUUACCCAUCUCUAUUUGUUGUUGGUGUUACAUGGAAAUCUUUCUAGAAGUUCGUGGUAGUAGGAAAAGAGUAUUUGGUAUGACUGCUUCCCCAUCAAGAAAUGAAAAUACUUCUGAAGGACUCAAGAAGUCAACAAGUUUAACUCUCAGUAAUAAUAAAAAGACAGAAUUAGCUGUAGCCAAAACGCUAUCUGUCAUCUUAUUAAUUUAUCUCAUAUCCUAUGUGCCAUAUAGUAUCAUCACCGUAAUCGUAUUUUGCAAUCCAAAACCAACACCAGCGCUACUCAAAGUUCAAGCUGUGAUGAUCCAAGUUACUUAUAUAGCUAAUGUUUCCAAUCCAAUCGUAUUUCUAUUUCGUAGUCCCAAAACUCGAGCUAAAAUCCAAGAAUGGUAUCAUGGAACGGAAAAGUGGAUUAUCUUUCUGAUUCUAAUCAAAGGUUGUGCUUACAUCGAUUCUUUAACUUUGUCAUACGUUAUUUCCGAUGGAUUAAUCAGUUUUCAAAUACAAUAA